AUGAUGGAGACGCUCCGAAGGUUUGGGCCGCAGUACUGCGACGUGGAGACCAUGUUGUGGAACGUUUCUGUCAUGUUGAGAGGUCUGACCCUCAAUAUAGACAGACGUAAUAAGAAACCUAUCUCAAUAGUAGUUUACAUAAUCUCUAUUUCAAUAUGCCUUGGUUACUUCUACGUGUACUUGGUGUCUAUGAGCUGGUUCGUGUUCUACCGCUGUCAGCAGACCGGUGACCUUCUGGCCGCCAUCAUCGUCUUCUCCUUGGGAGUCUCCAGCGAAAUUGGAACUGUUAAACUUAUUUUUAUGUUUCUGCAUAUUGGCAAAGUGCGGCGUAUAGUGUCAGAAUGCUUGGCCUGCGAUGCCCUUGUUGUGGCUGGUUCCCGGUUCUCAGCCAAUCUACUGAGCACUCUGACGCUGGUGAAGAAACGAGCUCUAGUGUUCUGGGUGGUAAUCAUAGGCAACGGUGUUGUGUACAUUGUGAAACCUAUCAUAAUGCCUGGCCGCCAUUUUCCUGAAGACAAGUUUAUACUUUAUGGUCUGGAACCAAUGGAAGAAAACCCAAACUACCAGAUAGCCACAAUCCUGAGUGUGGCAGGAGUCAUCUUCACAUGCUACCUUCCAGCUAACAUCACAGCAUUCCUCAUUGUAGUCACCGGCUACAUUGAGGCACAAAUGUUAUCCCUCACAGAAGAAUUGUUACAUCUCUGGGAAGACGCAGAGUCCCACUAUUACAUAACACAUCAAACAAAUGCCAUUUUAGAAGAAAGUAUAGAAAACACGAUGAUAAGAAACAAAAUUAUAAAUGAUUAUAUAGAAAGCCACCUCAAGGACAUUAUAAAAACCCAUGGGAGAAACAUAAACUUGUUACAUCAAGUUGAAAGUGUGUUUAGUGGCGCUAUAGCUUUAGAAUUUGUUAUUCUAGGAGUUGGCUUAGUAGUAGAAUUGCUUGGAGGACUAGAAAACACAUAUUUAGAGAUACCUUUCGCCCUAGCGCAAGUUGGAAUGGACUGCUUCACAGGCCAGAGAGUCAUGGAUGCCAGCCUAAAGUUUGAAAGAGCAGUUUACGAUUGUAAAUGGGAGAACUACAGCAUUUCGAAUAUGAAGAUAGUACUGAUGAUGCUCCAAAGUUCUCAGAAGACGAUGAAGUUAUCAGCUGGUGGGAUAAUCAUGCUCAGCUUCAGCUGCUUGAUGCAGGUCUUCAGAUCAAUAUAUUCCGCGUAUACGACGCUGAGAUCCACUAUGAAGUAG